GGAACAAACAAUGUCGGCAAAAUCGACAAAAGGCCCAGGCGGCAAGAAGCCAGCCUCUGCAGCAACAAACCUCGUCGCCGGCGGCGGAGCAGGCAUGAUGGAAGCUCUGGUCUGCCACCCUCUCGACACGAUAAAAGUGCGCAUGCAACUCUCAAAACGAUCGCAGCGUGCACCUCAANNGGGCUCUCGUCGCGGCUUCAUCCAAACAGGAGUUUCGAUUGUAAAACGCGAGACCCCACUCGCCCUCUACAAAGGCCUUGGAGCCGUGCUCACGGGCAUCGUUCCCAAGAUGGCCAUCCGCUUCACCUCGUACGAAUGGUACAAGCAGGCGCUAGCUUCAAAAUCCGGCGAGAUCACCUCCAAAGCCACGUUCAUGGCUGGACUGCUAGCAGGAGUCACGGAAGCCGUUGCCGUCGUCACGCCAAUGGAGGUUGUCAAGAUUAGACUGCAGGCCCAACAUCACAGUAUGGCCGACCCCUUGGAUAUCCCCAAAUACCGCAAUGCUGCUCAUGCGUUGUACACGGUUGUCAAGGAGGAGGGAGUGGGUGCGCUGUACAGAGGUGUUUCGCUCACGGCGCUCAGACAAGGAACAAACCAAGCGGCCAACUUUACCGCUUAUACUGAGCUCAAGGCUUGGUUGCAGGAACGAUCUGGACACCCUGAGGCUGGGCUACCUGGCUGGCAGACUGCGUUCAUUGGUUUGAUCUCCGGUGCUGUGGGUCCAUUCAGUAAUGCACCGAUCGACACCAUCAAGACCAGAUUGCAAAGGAACCCUGCGCAGCCUGGUGAGACGGCUAUUGGUAGAAUCGUGACCAUCGGCAGUCAAAUGUGGAAGCAAGAAGGCAUCAGGGCUUUCUGGAUGGGCAUCACACCACGUGUCAUGCGCGUCGCUCCCGGUCAAGCUGUCACGUUUGCCGUCUACGAGUACUUGAAGGAUAUCAUGGAAAGAGGGAGGGAAAUGAGACCAGGUGGUAGUUAUGAAGAG